AGAGUGAAUCUGUCCUUCGAUUUUCCAUUUUAUGGCCAUUUCCUACGUGAAAUCACUGUGGCAACUGGGGGUUUCAUAUACACUGGAGAAGUCGUACAUCGAAUGCUAACAGCCACACAGUAUAUAGCACCUUUAAUGGCGAAUUUCGAUCCCAGUGUCUCCAGAAAUUCAACAGUCAGAUAUUUUGAUAAUGGCACAGCACUUGUUGUCCAGUGGGACCAUGUACAUCUUCAGGACAAUUACAACCUUGGAAGCUUCACGUUUCAGGCAACCCUCCUCAUAGAUGGACGCAUCAUCUUUGGAUACAAAGAAAUACCUGUCUUGGUCACACAGAUAAGUUCAACCAACCACCCAGUGAAAGUGGGGCUGUCUGAUGCAUUUGUCGUCGUCCACAGGAUCCAACAAAUUCCCAAUGUUCGAAGAAGAACAAUUUAUGAAUACCACCGAGUAGAGCUACAAAUGUCAAAGAUUACUAAUAUUUCAGCUGUGGAAAUGACCCCAUUACCUACAUGUCUCCAGUUCAAUGGCUGUGGCCCUUGCGUGUCCUCUCAGAUUGGUUUCAACUGCAGUUGGUGUAGUAAACUUCAAAGAUGUUCCAGUGGAUUUGACCGCCAUCGGCAGGACUGGGUGGACAGCGGAUGUCCCGAGGAGUCAAAAGAGAAGAUGUGUGAGAAUACAGAGCCAGUGGAAAGUUCUCCACAAACCACCACAACUGUACAGGCGACAACCACAGAGUUCAGGGUCUUGACGACCGCCAGGAGAGCAGCCACCGCCCCGCCGCCCACCAGUCUGCCCACAGAAGAUGAUACCAAGAUUGCACUACAUCUAAAAGAUAAUGGAGCUUCUACAGAUGACAGUGCAGCCGAGAAGAAAGGGGGAACCCUUCAUGCUGGGCUCAUUGUUGGAAUUCUCAUCCUGGUCCUCAUUAUAGUAGCAGCCAUUCUCGUGACAGUCUAUAUGUACCACCAUCCAACAUCAGCAGCCAGUAUCUUCUUUAUUGAGAGACGCCCAAGCAGAUGGCCUGCAAUGAAGUUUCGAAGAGGUUCUGGCCAUCCUGCCUAUGCAGAAGUUGAACCAGUUGGAGAGAAAGAAGGUUUUAUUGUAUCAGAGCAGUGCUAAAAUUUCUAGAACGGAACAGCACCAGUGCUGGCUUACAGGUGUUAAGACUAAAAUUUUGCCUAUACCUUUCAGACAAACAAACACACACACACACAAAGGAGCCCUAAGCUGCUGUAGCCCAAAGGAGACAAGAUUUCUGGACAACCCUAGCCCAGGAAGGGUAAAAGAAACACUAGAUUUAUACAAGAGACCACUUACCACUGAAUAUAGGAUUCCCUAGUGGAAUGACAUCUAAAGUUCACUACGAACAUCUCCUGUGGACUGAUCAGAAGUAUGGCAAGAUUACAACGCUGUUGGCUUAGGUGCAGGGUUGCACAGCGAUCAAGAAAAAAAAAUAAAGCUUUAGUUCAUAAGGGAUCUACUACCUUUGGCUCAGAUAUUAUCUCUGAUGUCUCAAAGAUAACUGUGUUUCAAAGCCUGAGCCCUUUCACUCAAAAGAGCAAUGAUGAAUGUUUCAAGAUUGCUAAGAAAAGUAACUCAUGCAGGAGCAAAAGCAAACACAAAAUAAGAGAUUUUCUGUCUUUUCAUCAGAUGUGGGGCAAAAGGAUUUUGUUUUUUGGGUCUAGAUCCACUUGUUGCAGCAAGUUUCUUACUUUACAGGAUGGGUCUUUUAUCUGUACAGGAGGUUCAAACCAUGCCUCCAUCUUCUGGGUUUAUGAGUGCCCUUUCCCUGAACUGUGAUAGAAUCACCAAACUUUGCGCUAAGGAUUAAGAAAGAGGGAAUGGCGAGUGAGGUUUUUGAUUCUCCCACCUCAGAAUAAAACACAUGAUUUGUUUUAAGAAGCUUUGCCUCCAUUUCCCAACUGUGAAGUCCUAUGAAGCCACAGUUGCUCCUGGCUGAAGGAAACAAAAGGGAACUAUACAAAGUUCCUUAAUCAUUUUUGAAGCAAAAAUGUUAAGGGAUUCUAAACAGAAGAGGGUUUUUUCUGUCUUUUUUUUCUUUAAUUUCUGACCAUUUCAGUACUAAAGGCCCAUAUCAUUGUCAAUUCCUGUCUGAGAAGCCAUUCAGUCAGCAUAUCCCUGGCAAUCAAAAGAACGAAAGGACUCUGCUGAAUCAUACAGUAAUUUUCUUUAAAGCACAUAGUAGUUACAUAAAUAUAUAUAUAAAUAUAUUUUUGUUUAUAACUAACACAAGGCAGGCUCUUGUGACUAUGAGAGUGCAUUUUGUCAUCAAGACAAAACAAAUGCAGGAUGCAAUGCUGCAUACUUCCAUAGAGUUGUAAAAUAAUCCUUAAUAUUAGAAUAUUUUUUAUGUCACUCAGCAAAAGUGGCUCACUUAGUUGCAGCACCAGUUGCUUUCCUGCCUAUGUGAGCCACUUUUGUUCAUAUCAACCCCUUCCUUCCCUGGCUAAAUAAGGCAGAUGCAGAAAGGUCCUUAUGUGAAUCUGUCAUCUGCCAUGUACUCACAAUCCAAUUUCAAAACUUCCCCAAGAAUAAAGAAAGAAAAGGCCUCUCUCCAGGAGGAAAGUGGUUAAUAUGUAUACUGAGCUCCUAAGGUUUAAAUACAGGUACUGUGUGUACAACUUCAUCAACAUCUUGACCCAUGAAACUUACAUCAUGUGCUGAGAAGCUGCUUGUUCUUGCAGGGUACAGUGUCCCCCAUUUGCAGAUUCAGGUACCAGGGAGCAGAGAUGUCUCAUACAUGCACUUUACUAACAGCAUCUGUACACAGUGUCUACACUAAACGACAUCAGUCCACUAACAGAGCACUCUAUUUUUUCUUCACAUUUGUCUGAUGUAAACUCAUUCCAUUUUUCAUCACGUAUAUUUUGCUUUUACAUUUUUAAGUACCUGGUGAGGUUGAUAAUUUUUUUCCUAACACACUUAGUUAAUAAUUGCAAAAAAUUGAAAAGGUGGUUGAAGGAUGUGAUGACAGUCUCUCUGCUGUAGCUACAUUCAGUUUAUAUGAGAUAUCCCUACCUACUUCUUGUGGAGUAGGUUUAGUCAGACAGCAAUAACCAAAUGACUUGCCAGUGUAACUGGUGCAACUGGUAUUCUACAGACAUAAGGACCGCAUGGACGAUUCCUUUUAGGAUAAGGUGGUGCUCAUUGCACUAGCUUUUAUUGUACGCAUGGCUUUAGCUGUUGAUUGACAGUAUGUAAACCCUCAUAUAUGUCCAACUCCUUACACAGUUCUUUGAAAUAGUAAUGUUUUCUUUAUUCCCUUCAGAGCUCAUCUUCCAUCUUCAAAAGAAUUGACAAUUCUGUAAAAAAACAUAAAACACUGUUCAGUGAACUAAAGCAUUGGAGGAAUAUGAGAAAAAUUUUGGAAGUAAAAAGGCUGCUGAGUUAUGGGAAAACUUUUUAACACAAGUAGGAGUUAAAGGUGGUAAGAAGUUUCUAUUGUCUAUGAAUCUUUUAGUGGGAAAGGGAAAGGCUGGCAGAAUCCAUUUUUUCAUGAAACUUUCAUUCUUUUAUAUACUUCUGGUUCUUGGCAUCCAUUUACUACGAAAGAAGAGCAAACACAGUUUCUGGAAAUUCAGAGCAGAUGCUGAUGUUUUGGACUUUAUAUAUAUUAUGUAUUAGAAAGGGUACAUCUGUGCAUUACUUAAUAUAUUAUGAACAUAGAGAAUAACCAUAACAAUUUUAAAAAUUAAGAAUAGCAAAGGAACACAUAACAGAGAAAUCAGCUAAGUGAUAUUACAGAGGAAGUUAGUUAUUUCAUCUUAAUUAUUUGUAAAAAUAAUAUUCAGUGAUUAGGUAAAGCUAUUAAAAGUCAAGAAAAAUAUCUUAAGCCAACAAAUGGCAUUGACCACAAAGGUGGUUUGUUUAUGAAAGGUUUGGACUUCAAGAUAUGCUGACAAAUAGGAAACCAAAGAUAAAUAAUAAAGUACAACUCACCCCCAAUUAUUAUUUUAGUUUGAGAUACCUAGGGCAUUUUCUGAUCUCUCUCAAAUGUAGGUUCUAGACCUGUGUUGUGCAGUAUUAUAUCCAUUAGCCAAAUUUGAAUUUAUAUUAAUUAAAACCAAACAAAAAUAAAAAUUCAAUUCUUCAGUCACACAAGCCACAUUUCAAUUGCAGACAGCCACCUGCAGCUUGGGGCUUCCAUCUGGGACAACCCAGAACAUCCCCAUCAUCACAGAGAACUAUUACACAGUGCAGAAGAGGUCUUUCCCUUUGAUUCCCUCUUCUUCAAGCAAAAGGGGGAGGAAGAAAAAGAGAAGAUUUGGUAGUUCUUGAGCAUAUCAAUGUGUUUUUUAUCUCAGUGAGGCAGCAUGGAGUAAUGAAAACAGUAUCAGCAGACACAGCCUCGAGUCUCCGCUAUGCUGUCUUCAGAAAUUCACUUUCACCCCCACCUAUCCACAUUACAAUUUGAGAAUAUAAAAAUGGUUUUGUCCUGUCUUCCUUAAAGAUUAUUAUUCAGAUUGACUAUGUGUACAAUUGUGCAGACUUAGAAACUUAUGUCAGUGGAACCCAUAUAAAGCACAUCUACAGGACCAGUACCAGCACAAAUUUUCAUUCAGAGGAAGAAGAGUCCAUCAAUCCUAAAAGCAUUCAAAAACUAUCAAAUCAAUACAUUUCUUGAGAAAAUGCCAAAGGAGAAUACAUUCAAAACUCACAGCAAAAUUGCUUAAAUUCCUUUUUUCCCAUCUUACCAUUUCCUCUAUGUGACAUCUGUUCCAGCUGUCUCUCCUCUCAUGACAAAGUCCCUUGUGUGCAUUCUUCAAAUCGCUUAGUUUUUAAUUAUGUAGGCUUAGUUCUUUAUUAUGUAGUUUCUGUGGAUUGCCUAGUUUACUCUUCACAGCAAAGGAAGGCCCAGGAUCUGUCCAGCAGGCUUCUCUUUAGAAGGAAAUACAUCAAACACAAAUAAUUUUCGCUAUUUAUUUUAUCCCUGUAACACAAAUGUAAGGAGCUGUCACAUUCAAGUAUUAAAAUAUGUGGAAUUUAAUUUCAAAUGUAAAAAUUUGCAAAUGUAACCAAUGUAAAAGGAGUUCAAUCACUUUAAAUUAUACUAAUAUUCAGAUAAUAUAUAUUCUCAGAUUAGUAUAAUUUACUAGGUGUGGAGAAAAAAUUCUUAAGUUAUUUCCUCUUCGGGGGGAAUAUAAAUUUGGUAAUGCCCUGGCAGCUAUUGCCAUUUGAGAAAAAGUUUUGCUAGAAUCCAUUCCAUGAUAAGAAAUUAUUAUUUAAAUCAGACUAACUGAACAAUAGAUCCUGUGAUUAUGGUUCUUCCUCCUGUGAAAUGUAAUCUGGUAUUGUAUGUCUUCAGGCACUUUUCUAUUUUAUUACAACAGGCUUACUAGUUCCCAAAGACUGCUCUUGCUUUUACUUAACCACCCGCACCCUUUGGCAUCGGCAUCCGUGCACCAGGAUCAUGGGAGGCCAUCUCACCCAACCUCUUCAUUUUGCAGAUCAGAAAAUAAGAGGUCCAGAGAGAUGUAGUAAUUUUGCCAGUGUCAGAACUGGGUCUUGAACUUUAAACUCCUAACUGGUAAUUUUUUUUUGUUCCAACUCUCCUUGCUUGCACUCCUUCAUUAACCAUAAAGGCCAACCAAGCAAUUUAGGAGGCACAGUCCAUCUAAAGGCUGACUUUAUCUGCUGUAUCAACUAUCUGCUCAGUCCAAUAAUCUGGAGCAUUGGACCAAUCUUGCUCUAUUAUGAUGCCUUCUUAAGAAUGGUGCCAUUUUUAUAACAACUAAUGAUUCCAGUUGUAGCUAAUACUUGAUUUGGUUUUGUAUGUCCCUUUCCUCACCCCACCUGGGGCCAUCUAAGUUAACAAUACUAGUUACCUUCAUCAUUUAAAAUUGUUCUGCCUUUGUUUCAUUUCUUCCCAAAUGUACCUGAAAACUAAUAAUCUUCAUGGCAUAUUUUCCUACAGCGUGUGUGAUCACAAUUUUUAUUUUCUUUUUAAAUGAUUUGAACAUUUUUUCCCUAAGAAGGUUUUCUGAGCAAGUAUUAUGAGACCUGUGGCAUUCACUAUUAUAUAUUCACACUACCUUGUUUUGUAAAGCACUUUACGUUUUAUAGAGCACUUUGAUUCAUCCCUUUAUGUGUUCAGUCGCUCAACUGCUUGGUUCACUUAAUACUACUGAGCACCUACUGGAACCCAGUUCCUAUGCUAGAUCUUGUGACACAUAGAAAUAUAUGCAAAUAGUGAGAAAUCAGGCAUGUCAACUGUUAACUGUAAAGUAAAAAGAUCCUCAAGCACAACCUUGCAAGUAGGUAGGAUCAAUAUCACUCUAUCUAAUUCCCAAUUCCUAGUUUCUAUUCUACUUAGAUAAGGAACUAUCAAAUAUUUGCCUGAAGGAUGUAUCUGAAAAAUGAUACCUCAUUGCACAUCUGUACUAUUUGCUCUAUUACAAAUGAUCUAUUAAUUCCAUUUAUGAGAAGGAAAGUUACCCAUCCAAAGUUGUCCCAGACCCAGGAGGGCUUUCCAGGUCACUUGAAUUCUUUCUGACCAAAUAUAAUAGUUUACCUUCUUGCUCCAGUAUUUCUGAUGUGACUGUUUGAAUUACCAACAUCAUAGUUUUAAGGUAUUCCAGCAACACCAGUGUAUCAAAGAAGCAUUUGCACUUUAGGUAUGCAUGAGUGUUUAUGUUAUUCACUAGACUGUCUCAGGUUUCCUCAGCCUCAGCACUAUCGACAUUUUGGGCUCCGUAAUUCUUUGUGCAAGGGAAGUGGGUGUUGGGGGGCAUAGUUCUGUGCUUUGUAGGGCAUUUGGCAGCUUCCAGGGCUUGUAUUGACCAAGUGACAUUAGUGCAUACGCACCACACAUACGCACCAGCUGUGGCAACUAAAGAUGGCUCCAGGCAUUGCCAAAUGUCCCCUGGGGUGGGAAUAUAAAAACUACUGGAUUAUCUAGUGAGCAAAAUAUAUCAGGAGAAAAAAAAGAGAAACAUUUCUCUGUCUCUUGCCCUUAAUCUUCACCAUAGAGAGGUUUAUAUUCACAAUAAGCUGUGGAAUCAUAAACUCGAGUUAGAAGGCACCAUUGAAGGCACUAGUUCAACCACAACCCAACAUCGUCCUUACCUAUUUCCCCAUUAGUUUCACAGAUUAAAGAUCUGAAGAUUGGUCAUCUCUGCAACCCUGGGAAUUAACUUACAGCUAGACAGAAAAAGCUAUUUGGUGUCCUUUGCACUGUAGCAGCCGCUGCUGUGAGUUCGCUUCUGUGUGGGCGCUCGCAGUCAUACAACUUCACUGCUUCAGACUUUGAGUUUGUUUUCUCUUGGUCAUUUCAGACAUCUGCAAAUCUUGUUCCUUCACUUUUGCCUUCAAAAUAUGCAUCAAAGUUGGAGUUUGGUACAUCUAAUUUUAAGUAUGUCUGGAUGAGCUUUCUCUUUCUGGUAUUCAUUUUUUAUUGUCCCUCUUUGAGGGAAAAAAACCCACUUGGCUGUCCCAAGUAAUCAAAAGUUGGAAAUUUCAUUGUUGGAAUAUUUAAAUCUGUCAAGCCAAAGUUUUACUGAUUUGAUGUGCCUUAUAUCAGUUUUCCUGUAGGGUCAUUGAUUUCCUAUGGGUAACUGAACCAGGUCAGUUUGUACUGUAUCUAGUUUGCACCACUUGGAAAACUUGGUGAUGUUAAACAGACAAUCUCUUAAGAAUAUUCCUAGAAAUAACAAAUCCCCAACUGGAAUAUCAGGCCUUCCUUUAUUCCUUUGCUAACAGACCAGCCCAGACAUUGAAAGCAUUCAUAAUUAUUUACUACAAUUUGCUACUGUGGGUACACAACUAGAAAGCUUGAUUACAAAUCUGACGAUAGAAUAUUGACAAGCACACCCAGCAUGAGCUCUCAUACGACAAUCAUGGAAAUCAGAAAACUGUAACCUAGGGGAUCAUCAAGUGUGUAUAUAAUUUUCUAUACUGCAAUUGUUACGUCAGACAAUAUGGUAUUUCUUUGACGUUUUGACUAAGUUGAUCUUCUAAUUUCAACUUAAAUUAUAACACAUCUGGCUAAUUAUGUCUGAUAUAACUGAAACCAUCAAGUGCCCAGUGCUUUCAGAAAGAAGUAAGAUGAUACUUACUCAAGUAGAAUUACAUAAUUUCUUAAAUCUAUCUCCAUAACAAGUUUAUAAACGACAUCAUCAUUGGUUUCUAAAUAAUACAUUUAUUUUGAAUGCCCAAAUGUCUGGAAAAAUAAAAUGCUCAAAAUUUAUUAUAAGUGAAUUUCUAGAUCACUCUGAUUCUGAAAUACUAUCUUGCUUUAAAUCCAGAAUAAAAGGCUGGACAAAAUUAAUGCAAAUUGUAUGCUGGUACUCAUUUUUCUAAUUUCUAAAACAUCCUAAUAUUUGAGAAUUACUAAAAAAAAAAAGCUCUACUAAUGGAGUAAAGCAAAAACAUUUUAACUUGGCAGACAAUGUUAUAUUCAUUUUCAUUCUGGUUGAAAAAUCUCAGUGACUUCUCUCCUUCCCCGCUAGAGUGUUGAUUUUUAAAAACAGUCUCUCUUUUCCCUAGCACUACGAAAAACACAUAUUGACGUCCAAAGUAUCACUUACUGAUCAUGUAGCUACAAACCUUUUCUGCCUAUUGGACAGAUUCAAUGCUUGAAACUAAGUUUAGAAGUUUGCUGUGGUGAGAGCACAUAGAAGUGGGUGGAUGGAGAUGGUUCAUGGAAAAAAUCAAGAUCAAAAUAUGCAGAUUUUUCAACCUCUUCAGAGUAGUGUGCAAAUAAAUAUUCAAUGAGGAUCAGCUCAAAUUUAGGUCAUUCAGACAUUCAGACACUGAGGCACAGAGCCUGUAAGUCAUGCUAAUAAACAUGUGACACACAGAACGUAAAGGAUGUCCCCAGUUAACCUAAAACUCAGCCAGCGUUCACCUGUACCUCUCCUAGGGCACCAAUCCUUACUAAAAUCACAGUUCCUUGCUCUCUGGAACUGGGUUACUUUUGGUCAGGUAAUGAGCAGCAUGAGACUCUGUUCAUCUCCCUCUGGUUCACAAGGCAUGUCCUUGGUUUCCUUAUACCAGGGACCAUGAGACAGAUGACCCCACACAGGCAAUAAAGUAUAUUAAAAAUGAAAAGCAUUUUCCUGAAGACAAGAAAAGAAAGGGCACCUUUGAGUUGUGGGCCCAUAGCUGGAUGUCUGGGAAGUUUGUCUCAGGACGUGGACUCAAGUGCUAGUGUCCAGACAUUGUGAUCAAGUCUAAGCAACCAUUGUAAAGGUGGUUUGAGCAAACACAUACUCAGACUGUCAUAUUUAUAGCAGGGAAAUAAAAACUCAGUUAAGUGUCCUCCACCAAGCUACUCUGAAAACACCAUCAAGUGAAAUCAGAGCUUCCCUUGCUAAAAAAUGUUAAAAUUUUAAGGAAGUGAAUUAAGUUUCUUUAGACACAGACAUCUUGUAUAUAUUGUAAUCAAAUCUCAGAGCCCUAGCUGAGAAGGAAAAAGUCUUUUCAUAGGUUGGUCAAAACAAAUCUCUCAUUUGUCUCAUUUGAGGCAUUUGGACAGUGCCUGGGAAGUACAUUAUUUUCAGGGGGAAAAAAGAGACAGCCUUUUUUGCAUGCCAGCUGGGAUCAUGGGAACUUCCAAUGCCAGGAAUUUACUACUGUUUCUGGUAAUUCUGCUUGUAGUCAUUUGAAAUGUCGAAGUGUGAAAGGAGAAGAAAUCGGGCACCCCGGGGGCUGUCUGUGUUUUAUGCCAGUUGCACCAGCUCACAGAAUAUUUGUAAAUGCAUUUCGAAGUGGGUAUAAUUGUACCCUUUGUCAGAAUCACAGAGCUCACUGUGGUGCUCCUAAAGAGAACAGUGGAGGAAAAUGUGACCCUCUAAACCCGGUCAGCCCCAAUCAAUGGGCCAGCCAGAGGGGUGAGCAGAGCACACUGUGUUUGUUUCUCACUGUUUUCCAAAGCCCUGUGAGUCAGAUGGAGGAUGUGCCGUCCAGGUGAAGGUUACUUCUGCAGAAGUUUUCCAAAACUCCAUUUAAAACAGUGCUUGGAAAACUAAGCUUUCUGAAUUCAUUCCAGUCCUCUGGCCAUCAUUCCUAUUUCCUUUGCCAUAUCAAUGAAACAUUCCAAGGCCACGUUCUUUCAUGAUAGAAUAACGUCCUCAUACUCCAUGGUGACCUCAUGCUUGAUUUACCUGAACCUGCAAAUGUAAAUAGGAUUGUAAAUGGAUUUGCACUAAUGGUGUCUGAUAGCAGAAGAGGUGUGUCCUUUAUUGAAAUCCAUUAAUUUCAGUAAUUCAGAUGCUAUAUACUCCUGCAAGCUUUGUGAUUAUUUUCACUGUAAGAUUAAUUAGCUAAGUUUGAAUGUAUUUCCCUUACAGCCAUUAAUUUGCCACCUAUCUUUCACCUGGAGAUCAUUAUGAUCGCAAUAACUCCUUAAUGUUUUCUGCACACAGCUUCUUAAAUCCAGUUUUUCUGCAAUCCUUCUGGUUCUGCUUACAGUAUGUGGGAAAUCUUUAUUUUUUUUCCCUAGUAAUAAUUUUGUAAGAAAGCCAGUGUGUUGACUGCCAUAGUGACACAAUUCAUCUCUAAAGGUCUGGAAGCUGGUGGCGACCCAAUGUUAUUUGUGUUCUAUCUGUUGAUUGUUAUUUUCAGAAUUAAAUCAUGUGUUUUCCACUUUCAAGUGAAGUCAGAAAAAUUGGGGUAUAGAAGGGAAGAAGGGAGCAAUUUGUGUAAUACUGCUGUCAUAUUUGACUACAUAUUAAAAACAAUAAAUGAUCAUUUUGUUUUAAUUUCUUAA